UGCAGAAUGGAUACGUCGUUGCCUCUUGACGAAAACGGUAAUUUAUUUUCUCCUCCUGAUUGCGAAUCCACUCCCAAGAAGCGCAGGCUGGACAAAAGUGAGAGGAAACAGUAUGUUUGUCCUGUCUGCGAGAAAGUAUAUGUAGUGAACUUCUUCUACCAGAAGCACAUCGCGAGCCACACGACGACGGUCAAUAACGACAAAGCUACAAGUUUGAAUCAAAGUGUCACUGCUGCUGAAAAUGCUGAUGUCAGUACAGCAGAGUCUAUAAACCUAUCAGCAAAUGUCACCUUCUCUCUUCUCCAGAGUAACAAUAAUGCAUCAACUUUCAAGAAACCUGCUGUGCCCAUUGUGAAGAAAUUAGUGAAGCCUAAAUUUGUGUGCACAUAUUGUUUAAAAGGUUACAUGUGUAGUAAAUACUUCAAAGACCACAUUAGAAAUCAUGUAAUUCAAAAUGGAGCAGCUCGUUUUCCUAAUGAGAAAAAAAUAUUGGAUAAUGUGUCUGAUAUAGCAGACACUGCUUUGAACAAAACUGCAAGUGCUCCAGUGGCUGAAAUAGCAAGUAAACCUUUCCGGCAGUUAAUUGGUGAAUUAGCUUCUUUGUCAGCCGGAACAGAGUGGAGUGACUUCACUAACACAUUAUGCAAGCAUUUAGUGCAAAAAAGUCUUAAUCAAAAAUGUAUGUUGCCAUCUGCACUCUUAAAUUCUUUAAUGGAAAGUGCAAAUGCAGUGCUUUCAAAUAAUGAACUGUGUGCAACUCUCCUAGAAAUUCUCCCCCUAUCUACUGACUUUGAAAAUGAUUUAAAGGAUCAGUUUCUGUUAGAAUUUGUGUUGCAUUUUGUGUCUGGAAUUUUCAGUUUUAUUUCUAAAACUUUCCGGGGAGACCAACGACCUAAUACGAACAAAACUGUACCUGAAAUUGACAAUGAAGACAAGGAAGUUAUCUUCUAUAUUGGGGGUUCAAUUAUUAGAGGGUAUCUUCGCAUUGCAAAGAGAUAUAGAUCUAGUGCUACAUGGGAAGUUAUUGAGAUAGUUCUCAGAAACAAAGUUCUUUGUGACAAACCCUGUUAUGAAAACCAUGCUGAUUGGACAAGAGCUAUUGAUAGAGGUGGCUUGUUGUAUCCUAAUGCUGACUGUCAGAAGUUUUUUGUUGCUUUAACUGAGGUUGUAUUUUUGAAUGAGAAGAGCGAUGGUUCAAUCGAAUAUGACACUGUUAUUGAUCAGGUAAGCAAUUCAAGUAUAAGUGUAAUGUGGGAUGAAAUGAUUUCUGAUGCAGUUCCUGAAAGUGUGUCACUGUGUCUAAUGAAUGAUAUUAUUAAGUGUUUCUGUAGGACCUGUGGUAGAGGUUUUGCUAAACGGAGACUUAAUCUUUUUAGAGAUAAGCCAGUGAUAUCUAUGCCCACAAGGCAUGCUGUUGCAAGGAGAAAGAAGUAGUUAUUGUACACUAUAAUUGGUAGAUUUGUUAGUACUUGAUUUACCAUGUCACAUUUGUAGUCUUUAUUUUUGGUUCCUACAAGGUCUAGUCUUGUUCUAGUAAAAUGCUCUUCUACUUUGCUUUAUUUUGAAAGUGCUACUUAUUAUUGAGGCAAUAAAUGUUUAAUACUUGUGAUUCUUGUUAGUUAGAAAAGAGCAGAUACAAGAGAUUUUAUUUUUAAAAUGUGUUUUAGUUGUGUUUAUGUUUGAAGCAAGGCUAUUUAGUUAUGUUAAUGUUCAAAAGAAAAAUUGUUUCUGAGAUCUCAGCACUACUGACUUUUUAAUGUCUUUGGUGAUAUUUAAAAGAAGAAAAGUAUGUUUUUGUUUUGAUAUUCUUAAUUUUAUUGAAACAGGGAUGUUUCUAACUUACAUUCCACUCAAAAUAAAAUAACAUUUAUCUAA